UCAAUCAGCCUGAUAUUUGAGCCCAACAAGUGCCCCAAAUGCUGAAAAAAGUUAUUAGAAACCAAGCAAUUUUGACCAUAGACGGAAGCGCAGAAGAGUUCGGUCUUUCGCAAUAUAAAGAUCACCAUGGGAGUUCCAGCAGUGAUAACAGCAGUACCCCAUUGCACAGAAGAGGGUAGGUUUCCCUAUCCUGGCACAUGUGGAGCAUAUUUUGACUGUACUCUGAAUGAAUCUGGUGGCUAUAACCUUGUUAAGGAUAACUGCAGAGGCUACACCUUCGAUACUGCCACGAAAUCUUGUAUUGAUAUGCAAUGUGAAGGUCGGCUUAAACGCAGUGUUACUACUGAUAAUCAUCGGUACUCGCAUUUGUGUCAAGGUCAGCCGGACAAAUUUGUAUGUGGCAGUUGCAAAACACUAGUCGUGUGUGUGAAGGGUCAAGCCUUCACUCGUCACUGUACCCAUAAUAACUUCUGCGAAGACCGAAACAAGUUUGGAGGCGGAGUUUGCUACCCAAAUGAACCUGCAGAAUGCACUUGUACAAAGGCUAAUGACUUCAGGGUAGAUCAUUAUGAUCACCAGAAGUUCUUCUCUUGUGACGAUAUUGGUUCAACACCAGAAAGUUACAAAUGCCCAGAUGGCAUGGAAUUUGAUGAAAGUAUAGUUCAAUGCCGCAACAUUGGCGGCCUGCCACCAUGCUCUGUCUCAGGAAAGUUUGUUAAUCCCAAUAACUGUAAAGAGUACUACUCUUGCGUUCCCCUUGAACAUGGAUGGCUUCAGAAAACUUCCGAAUGCAUCCAAGGCCUGAUGUUCAAUCAGAAGAUGCAGAAAUGUGAGAAUCCUUGCAGGUACCAGUUCGUGUGUACGCAAGAGGGACGUUAUGCAGACCCUAUCAACAAGCGUAAUUACUUUGAAUGCUACAUAUUGGGAGGCAGUCUGAGACAAGUGCGUUAUAAUUGCCCUCAGGGUUAUAUGUGGAGUGAAGACUCCCCAGGCACUGGGAAGUGUGUUGAAGACCAUGGUCAGAGAGAUGAGGAUUAUCCCUUCAGGCAGUGCUCAUUGGAUGGCUUCUGUGAAGUUGUUUUCACUGCAGGGACCAGUUAGGAGAAACUGAAGCUUCAACACUUUCUUCAGUUCCCUCAAAGUGGAAACUAGUCACCGCCCUUCGACUUCAGUAUUUUUAGUUUUAAUAAGAUGGUUUUUUUACAU